GUAACAGUCAAAAAGUAUCUGAAAAAAUACAAAUAAACGCAAAACCUCAUUAAAAGGGAAACUAAAGAUAAUUCAAAUAUAAAUACAAGUGCUUAUGUUCAGUUCUCCUUCCCGACAACAACAUAAACACUUUUAGAAAGAAAAGAAAAAACGAUGGAGUUAGUAUCGACGGCGGCUAGCUGGUUCACUCCGACGACUCUCUUCCUCCUCCUCAAUCUUAUGAUCGGCACCAUCGUCAUCACUUCUCGAAUCGGGUCGGGUUCAAGGAAACAUCACCAACAUCACGAUGGGUUCGGGUCGGGUCAUACUCCGUCGCCGUUAGCCAGAGCUCCGUCGAUUAUCGACCGAGUCAAGUCCAUCAAUUUCCACCUCUACAAAUUUCCCCAUCCUGAAACCGAACUUUUCUCCACGACCCACCACCACGACGUAAUCGGGUCGGAUCUCCACGUGUAUCCUGACCCGAAUCCGGCUCCGCUGCAACGCGCGCCUUCUCUCUUGGAACGUGUCAAAUCCAUCAACAUGUCAUCGUAUUUCAAGUUCCCCCACGACGUAGCCGGGUCGGAUCCUCACUCUCACUCCCACCCGGAUCCGAGUCCGUUACAACGUGCUCCGUCUCUCCUGGACCGGGUCAGAUCCAUCAACAUGUCACACUUCAAAUUCCAGCAGUACAACCCGGAGGAACACGACUCCACCACCACUCAGACGGAGCCGACCCGGUUCCAAAAUAUUCCGACCCGUAUGGGUCGGGUUGACCCGAUUGAUAUAUCGAAAUUCAGGAUCCCGGAGGAAGACCAGCCAACUGAAACCCGGUUCGAUAAGAAUCAAAUUAACAAACCCGGUUUAGCUCGAGCUCCGUCUAUUUUAGAACGUGUCAAAUCCAUCAAACUACCUUCUUUCUACAGAUCCGACCCGGAUACCCAAACCGAUCAAAAUCAUGACCCGGAUUCAUUCAUCCACGAAGACCACAAACACAUCAGGAGCAAGUCGGAGUCGAAAAAACCGGUUAAGAAGAAGAAGAAAGCGACGGGGAAGAUGACGAAAUCAGCUAGCGAGAAGUCCGGUUUUGGUUUAAACCACGAGGAGGCGGAGAGUGUGGAGUCAGUGGAGAGAAGAAGACCAGAUACGACGAGAGUGGAGAGAUCGACGUCGUUCGGCGACGGAGAAGACGGCGUGGACGCGAAAGCUUCCGAUUUCAUCAACAAGUUUAAGCAGCAGCUGAAGCUACAGAGACUCGAUUCGAUUCUGAGGAACAAGGAGAUGCUCAAGGCCGCGUAAUCACCCCCACGGUGGAGAUUGUAUUCGUUAAACCUCAUCGCCGCCGUAUUCACAGAGGAGAUACAGGAGUUCGUAGUUGAUAAUGUCUGAAUUACAAAUAUGCCCUUGUAUGUUGAGGAUACUAUAGUAAUUUAAUAGCAGACAAAAAAAGAACGUAGCUGCUUAGUGAAGUGUGGCGUUAUUUUUGGAUCUGGGACGUUGUUUUUGCGCCCAAGUUCCUAUUCUUUCAUGUUCAACCACUUGUGCAGUAACGUUUACUAGAUUCUGCUUUUUUUCUCUUAAUUUUUAUUUUUAUUUUUGUUUUUUUAUUUCAUUUUGUAUAAUUAAUACUAGUAAUAAAUUACGUGAUAAAGGAGAUAAUUACAUGCAUAUAAGCG